CGUGCUGCACAGACUUCUAUUCUCUCCUCCGUGCGCCCUUUGGGUAUCACGAAGCAGGGCAGGCAUGGACAUCACGUAUCACUCCCCAGUCAAGUCUGCUCUACGCUUGUUGCGAGCAACAAGUGACCCGACGAGUCGUCAGCUGCUAGGGGCUCACUCUGACCCCAAGCCCGGAAUUCGUGAGGGAAUCUACAGACCCUUCUUCUGAGAAUCCGGCAGUCCGGGCAGCAUCUACCUGAUUCUGUAACCUCUCCGUGAUGACACUUUCGGAGUGUUCGAGGUCACGAUGAGACUCCACAAAGUACACCAUCCAUCUCGUCCAUUGGUGCACCAUCAGCUUGGGAAGGGUCGUCUCCACAACACGAACCAAUCAAUGACGGGAGUCAUUCCCGCGGAUUUGGGUAAUACUCUCAAGAGCUUGACGUCUGGAGAAACACCGAGUGCUGAUGCUGAUGCGACCUCGGCACAUGGAUCCAGAAUGGAGAUUUCCACUCUGCCGUUAACGAGCAUGCCAGAACCGAAUGAAAGGGAAGGCUGAAGCUGAAUAGCGUCAAGCCACGCAAUAACACGCAGCGAGAAGUAAUUGGAAACAUAUCUGCGUCCUAUUGGUUGCGAUCUGGGCAUGUAAGACCGAGAGAUUUCGGGCGACGGAAUGAGUGGACGUCCUGAGGAUUUUUUCGGAACAGUUCCCCUUUUUCCUACAAAUGAGAUUAUGGUGAUUGUAUUCGGAAAAUGUGGAUUGUGUCGCGAAUAUAUUUGCAUCUUUACCUCUGUGAAAGGGACGAUUGCGCGAUUAUUAGAAGGUGGUUGAAGGCAACUAGCAAAGUUUUCAGAGCGGCCGACUCUCAUCAUGGCUUCAUCAGCAGGAGUGGAUGGUCCAAAAAUAAUGAUAGUCGAGCACCUCGUGUUCUUCAAACUUAAGGAUGGAUACACCCAGGAGCAAGAAAACGACAUGUAUAAGGGUCUUUGGUCCUUCAAAGAUCGGUAUAACAGUAUAAUGUCUAUGUCGUUAGGACGAACAAUGAUUAGGAACGUUGAUGGAGUCACUCAUGUGCUUUACAUGCGCUUUCCUACCAAAGAGGCACUUACCGAGUAUUUGAACGACAGAUAUCGUCUCGAGAUCUCAUAUAAAUAUAUCGUGCCAGUAUUCAAUGGAGAAUUGGUAUGUGAUUUCGAGGCAGAGAUGGAAAGUGACCUGGCAUCCCUGUACCGAGAGGGAGAGAAUUUCGAACAUGGAUUAGAACAUGUAGAGCUUUUUAAGGUGAAAGAAGACACCCCAGCGUCCCAAAUAGAAGAGAUUCUCAGUGCUUUCGCAGAGCUACCGAAGAAGGCUGGGACAAGGAUAGCGCAGUUGACAGCUGGCAUCAACUACACCGCAGGGCAGAAGUACACAUUCGGACUAGUGGCCCGCCUGCCUUCAGUGGAGGCUCUCGGGGCCAUGUUAGAAGACCGUGCAUACCAAGAGGUUCUGGAGCAAUGUUAUCCAAUCUUAGAGGACCACUUGCAAGCGGCGUAUCCAGUAGAUGACUCACUAUCUCGAGUCGAUGAACCCUAUUCUAAGUUGUGACAACAGGCUACGGAGAGGGAGCGUUCUGCCUAUAAGGGUGUUGCUAAGAUCCUGGAUGGUCUCAACGAGUGGGAGCAGGGUUGAUUUUGAAGUUCACGGAAUGAAGAAAUUCUUAAAGAACUCUGAAAGAUGAGGCCUUGGUUGUGCAAAAUCCUUAUCUAAGCUGUAGCAGCGAGGACUGAAAUUAGCACUGAAGGUUCGGAAGUAAGGGCCCCAGUAGCAGUGCAUGCGAGUCACUGUGUCACAACUUACGAUGCAAGGUCGACGGUCUGCAUGAUGUCCACCUUGCCGUGCUUCAUUGCGUCAGCCCGUGCUUUUCCACAUCACGAGAUUUCAUUCCUCUGUGUCGGAUGAAUCGCUCUAUUAUGACAUGGCUUGUUAGCAGUUGCCGUGUACUUACUCCUACUGCCAGUCAAGCCAUCACUGCAGCACAGCACAGAUAACAUCUCCUGUCAACCACCUGUAGAUCGCUUCACCAUCCAGUCACGUUAGCUGACUAACUGAUACGACGAGCACUUCUAGCUAAGCUUCUUAACUUCAAGGGCACAUUGUUCUUCAAUUAUAAUGAAUUAAACAGCUGAUGAAGCCAUAAUAUGUUGAGA